UCCUCACCCCAGUCUUCUGAGGCAGGAGACUACACUAUCUCUGUGAGCCUUUAUCUAGUUCAGUUUAGAAGCCUCAACACCAAGCCUAUGACUGGAGGAUUCACAGGGCCACACAGGCCUUGCUCAGUUUCCCUCUUGUCCUCGGAGGUCCCUGCUUCCUCUGCAGUUCACCCUUCACUGGUUGUGGAGGCUGCUUGGACCCUGCCCUGACCUGGUCUCUUCUCCUCAGAGCAUCCCUAUCUCCUUCCCUGAUUGCUCCCCUCCAGCUGGAGAAGAGGACCUAUGACCUGGGAGGCCACAUACCUGCUAUCCCCCAUCCUGCUGAUGCUCCUGGCAUCAGGCUCCUGGACAGAGGGCACAGAGUUACUUCAAAUGGUGGAGGACAAGAUGGUUUUUGUGAAAUGCCAAUAUGAUCCCAGCCAACAUGUCAAUGUGAAAGUCUGGUGUCAGGAAAUAUCAGCAGGAACUUGCAAAUUGAUAGUGUCCAGUGUGAGCACAAACGUUCAGCGGCCAAAUUUCUCCAUCCAGGACCCUCCUGGAUCUGACUUCUUCACUGUCACCAUGACUGCACUCACGGUCAUCCAAUUACUACUGCCUCCUCCAUGAUUCCAACUUGGACAAGAACUGAAGCUCCGCCCUUUAAUACCACAAAGGACCUGAGCACUGUCUUUGACAGGUGUGUGUGUGUGUGUGUGUGUGUGUGUGUGUGUGUAUGUAACCAUAACCCAGGUCAGCUGCUGUUGUUCCCUCUUCAGAUCCUGAAGUCACAUUCAUCAAUAUUAAAAAUUUUACCAUUAUGUUUUCAGGCUA